CGAAGCGCAGCUGCACUGUCUGAAGUAAUAAAUCAACUAGUUGUUCAUCUUGAUGACAUGUGGGGGCACUUACUCGGGCUCGACAACCACGCACUACUCUCCCAAGACCGUCUCAAAGUUUAUGCAGAUGCAACUUUGCGCGCCGGUUCCGUGGUUCCCCAUAUUUGGGCCUUCAUCGAUUGCACUAUCCGUGCCAUAUGCCGACCAAGCAAACAUCAACGGCAGGCAUAUAACGGUCACAAGAAGUAUCACGCUCUCAAGUACCAAGCUCUCGCCCUCCCAGAUGGGCUUAUUGGCCACCUCCACGGACCUUUGGAAGGUCGAAGAGGUGACGGGUUUCUGCUCAGCGACAGUGGACUGUUGGACUGGUGCUCCGAACAUGCAAAAUGCCCAAGCAUAACCUCAGGCUCGGGCAACGGCAUGGACAACAGCUCGAAGGACACAUAUUACCGGUUAUACGGGGACCCCGCGUAUGGACUCAGUGACGUGCUCAUUAGUCCAUUCUCAGGUCCAGGAGAGAGAACACCAGAGGAGCGGGAAUUCAACGAAAGAAUGUCUUCGCUACGCAUGGAGGUCGAGCACACGUUCGGUAACGUACUCAACAAGUGGGGGUUUCUCCGGUCAAAAAGCAAGAUGAAGGUGUAUUCUUCUCCAGUAGGACGUUACUAUCGUGUCGGAGUCCUUUUAACGAACGCCAUGAAUUGCCUUCGACCAAAUCAAACAUCCCAGUUCUUCCUGUGCUCGCCUCCUAGUCUUCGUGAAUAUCUCCAUCAUUAA